UAUAAAACUACACAAAUGGACAUCCGUACACAUGAGCAAUCAAGUUUGAUAACAAAAGUCGUGACUUUAUUUGAUGUUCGACAUUGGGAUAGAAUUGAAACAAAAAUAAAGACGGUGGACAUAGUUGAAUCGUUGAACGACGGUGAUGUAUGCCAGUGCGCGACAGUGUCUACAAAAGAGACCACAACUACGACAACAAUCACAGCACAAACUACAAAAAUGGCCACGCAAACGAUACUUCAAAACACUAUCACGAAUGUAACAACGGGCGCCCAGCCGUCAACAGAAACGAAGUUAUAUUCCAAUAUGACAAUAUCAAGUUUAACAAACGCAACACCAACAACAAGAAACAUAACGCAACCAAGUGCUACGCGACCUGCCACAAACGAAAAUUCGGAGACUUCAGAAACAAACACGACAUCAAAAGGUACCAUUGUGUUUACUGCAACAUCAACAAUGGCCGCUCAAAACACACCAACAUCAACUAUAUCCCUAUCAAACCCAUCGUCAACUGCAUCGACAUCAAUAACAAAUACAACAUCUCAUUCAAGUAAGGCUGAAUCAUCAUCACAACUAUCAACACUAUCAGAUACAAAAGCGCAAAGCGUUUCAACAGCGCCCCGCUCUACACCACCAUCAUAUGAAACAACAACAGUCACCGCAGCAUCACUAGAAGAUACAACAACAAUCACCGAAGUUCCACCAGAUAAAACAACAACAGUCACCGCAGUUCCACCAGAUGAAACAACAACAGUCACCGCAGCACCACCAGGAGAAACAACAACAGUCACCGCAGCACCACCAGAUGAAACAACAACAGUUACCGCAGCACCACCAGAUGAAACAACAACAGUUACCGCAGCACCACCAGAUGAAACAACAACAGUUACCGCAGCACCACCAGAUGAAACAACAACAGUCACCGCAGCACCACCAGAUGAAACAACAACAGUCACCGCAGCACCACCAGAUGAAACAACAACAGUCACCGCAGCACCACCAGAUGAAACAACAACAGUUACCGCAGCACCACCAGAUGAAACAACAACAGUCACCACAGCACCACCAGAUGAAACAACAACAGUCACCGCAGCACCACCAGAUGAAACAAAAACAGUCACCACAGCACCACCAGAUGAAACAACAACAAUCAUCGCAGCACCACCAGAUAAAACAACAACAAUCACCACAGCACCACCAGAUGAAACAACAACAGUCACCGCAGCACUGCCAGAUGAAACAACAACAAUCAUCGCAGCACCACCAGAUAAAACAACAACAAUCACCACAGCACCACCAGAUGAAACAACAACAGUCACCGCACCACCACCAGAUGAAACAACAACAGUCACAACAAGUUCAAAAUUAACAACAACAGCUAAUAACAUGACGACAAAAACGGGGAAUGCUAAUGGAAGAAGAAGGAGGUCUCCCGAUGAAAAUGUUGGGAUUUGGACUAAUGGAAAAUGCCGAUGUGACGGUUCCGUGGAGACCCAUAGCAUUGAUAAACUGGAGAUUUACAUCACGUCAACUGUAAAGGUAGAAAAAGACUUCUUGCCUGCUUUAGAAAAUAAAUCAUCAGAUUUGUUUAAAAGUUACUCCACUGAAUUUAAAGACAAGCUAAACAAGAAAUACGAAAAUAUAACUAACUUUCGUUCAGUCCAAAUAGAAGGAUUUAGCAAUGGUUCCAUCAAGUGCAAUUUUUCGUUACUAUUCAACGGUAAUGCAGACUUUAAAAAAAUCGCAAUUGCAAUCAACAUUAGCUCACCACAUCUGAAUCUAAUUCUUGGAGGAGAAUCUGUAGACGCCACUGUGGAUAAAGCACCGAUUCAAGAAAAGCUGACUGGAGGCAAUCCGACGUGCGAAAUGCUGAACGUGAAUCCAUGUGGCAAAGCUUUUGACUGCAGCAUAUCAAGCGGUCAAGUACUCUGUCAAAAUCCAUGCACUAAACAAACGGAUUAUUGUCAGAACAACGGCGCGUGCGUGUAUGAUCAUACCAAGGACAAUAUAACAUGCAGAUGCAUGUCGUCUGAUGCCUACGUGUUCAGUGGAGAGAAGUGCGAAGUUAGGGUGGAGAGACUUCAACUAGAGUCUAAGUAUAUCGUUGCAAUAGCAGCCAGCGUUGGGGGGGUCAUAGUUAUCUCUUCGGCGGUGAUUAUCGUGUGUCUGGUCUUCAGGCUGAGGCGAAAGGCACCAAAGGACGCCGACGAAAGAGAAGAGGACAUUGCGCUAGAUAACCUCAGACGAUCCACUCGGACACGCUCCGAGAACAGUUACGAAAAGUUCAGAGGGCGACGCCCAUUUAACGAGACCACUUCAAAUGACUCCAUUGGUGACCUUGAAAGGUCAAAGUCAGAGGUCACGCGGGUCUUGGAUGGCGUGGAACACAAAGUGACGAAGGACGAAAAGGGCAAUGAGAUGUUCAUCUACCAGCCAAAGCAGCCACGUGACCUCGGUCGACAGCGUCAGUCAUCCGUGUACUCGUCUGCGUCAGAGGACAACGCGCACACCGGAAGUAGCAUGUACGACUAUAUUGACACCGAGACGAAGUAUCAAAUCCGGCGACCAAAUGUCAGCAUCAGAACCAUUCGCAUAUGAGAUGGAACAUUCAGCAAAAACAGUGUGGUUUAGAAAAUGAACGGCAUAAUAUGUGAACAUUCUACGAUACACCAUUUGACCUUUCAAUCGUGUGACGCAUUGAAUAACUUGAACGUUCAAAGGGUCAAUAAAGGCAUAAUAUGUGAAAAUUCUACGAAACAGCAUUGACCUAAUAAUGGUUUGACGCAUUGGAUUACUUUUACGUUCAAAAGUUAAAUAUAGGCAUACUCACAAUUAUACGAAACAGCAUUGAGCUAUUUAUAAUUCGACGCAUAUAAUUGAAUGUACGUCCAAAAGUUUCAUAUAGACAUUAUAAAUAAUAAUAAGUGAUUAUUCGAAACAGCCUUGACCAUAAUUGUGAAUUUCACACAAACCAUAUUGAAUGUGUUAUGAAUAAUUGUUACUUCAAAUGUAUCAUUAAUGUUUUGGUGUGUGUGUUUUCCUAUCAAUUUCUUGUUAUUAAUGUUCAUUAUGUAUAUAUAGCACUAAUGUAAUAUUGCUUAUACACGUUUGCAUGAUUGUUCAUAAAAAUUCCAUUAUCUUGUUUAUACCUGUACGUUUAAAUUUGUCAUUUGUCAAUUCUAUCAUCACUUACUUCCAGUAGCAUAAUAUACCUUAUAAAAUGGUGUUGCUGAUUUGUGUGUUGCAUCAAGAGACAUUGUACUGAUUCUAACAAAGAAUUGUUAACCGAAUAGAAUUUUUAACUGAU